AUGGAACGUUCGAGUGCCAUGUCCGCUUCAGCUUUCGCGCGAUCUCGUGCGGCUCUGCGACGCAAGCCUAAACCGGUGAAAAAGGUAUUGGACGAAGAGGAUUUAGAGGAGAUCAAGGAGGCUUUCCAUCUCUUCGAUACGGACGGCAGUGGCAGCAUUGACGUGCGCGAGCUGAAGGCUGCGAUGCGAGCGCUUGGCUUCCAAGUGAAGAAGGCGGAGAUCCGCCAGAUGAUCGCCGACAUUGACAAGGACGAGUCGGGGACGAUCAACUUGGACGAGUUUAUCGAGAUGAUGACCGGGAAAAUGAACUCGCGAGACUCGCGUGAGGAAAUUAUGAAGAUCUUCCAGCUCUUUGACGACGACAACACGGGCAAAAUCUCGUUCCGAAACUUGAAGCGCGUGUGCACCGAGCUGGGAGAAAAUCUGACGGACGAAGAGAUGCAGGAGAUGAUCGAUGAAGCCGACCGCGACGGAGACGGCUUCAUCAACGAAGAGGAGUUUUUUCGCGUCAUGAAGAAGCGUAGCGGUAACCCUCUGGACGAUCUAGACAGCGAUGAUGACUGAUUCCUCCCAAUACAUUAGGCUAACUAAGGGUUCUAAACAAGAUCACCUUUGUCUA